AGACUAGGGGGUUUCCCAAGGUUCCGCAUCGAGGCCUAGCCGACACAACCAAACCCCCCCGAAUCAGCCUUGCCCGUAGCCUGAUCAUUCCCAAUCUUUCCAUCCCGCCGUCAACCACCUUUCCUUUGGUAACCAUUGGCGUCCCCAUCAUAGCAUAGAUGGUUUCCGACUGCUGAGACGCUGCGACUUCUCCCAUCAUUCCAAUCUUGAACGAGAGUCUCCGUCGUCUUCUGCCGCCAAUUGACAUUCGAUGGAUCAGCCGGCGGCAAAGAAGAGAAGGCUGGCUCCCAAGAUUGAGGCUCAAGCCAGUCCUCCUCAUCCGCCGCCAUUCCCUCAUGAACCUACUCAACCGGCGCAGCAUUAUCAAGUCCAGGACGUCCCUCCACCGCCUCCAGAGAGGCAUGAGUUUGAGUCGUUCGCGAGGCACCUUCAAGAUGCCGCUAUGCUUAUAUAUAGGCAAACUCAAAAGUCGCCGUAUACAAAGGCAUCCGUCCUAAUUCUACGUUGGGAAGAAGACAAUGCCGCCGAACACGAUCUUGCCGCUCUCGAACAGGUCUUUCGACAACGAUAUAAUUACCGCACCGAAUGCUUCAACAUACCUACAGUAGACAAUCCUAGCAUUAAGCUAGGUGUUCGUGUGUCAUCUUUCCUCGAAAAUGCAGCUUCCGACCAUCUAUUGAUAAUAUAUUACGCGGGGUAUGGUUAUAUGGGCGUGGAUAAUCAGCUAUAUUGGGCAAGCACCCCAAGAAAAGACUUAAAACUGAAGUGGAGUGGUUUCCGCUGUCUUUUCGAAGAGGCGCAAUCCGAUAUUCUUUUACUUCUUGAUACUUGCGCAUCAAAAGAACAAUCUGUCUCGGAUGGCGGCAGCGCCAAGCAAGUUAUCGCAGCGAGCACUCCCGAGCACUAUUCCCGGGAUCUAAAUUUGCGAUCAUUUACUUCCCACGUAACUGAGGCAUUUGUUAAAUUUGGUGGUGGUAGGCCAUUUACGGCAGAGAAUUUAUAUCAUGAAAUAACACAUCAACGACAUCAAGAACUAAUACAGGCGUCCGGAUUAACCAAUGGAGCCAGCAAAAGCCUACCGUUCACCGAAAAAUUACCUGUUUUAUAUACCAUAAGUCCUGGCAAGGGCCAGGGUAUCUCUCUAUCCCCUCUUCCUCCAGGUACCGAUGCGCAAUUACGUUCUCCACGAACAGGGAUCGACGGAGAUGCCCAAUUGCUCAGAGCAUCCCGGGAAGAUCCCAUUAUCCACCCGAGUGCAGUGGCAGAUUUGACAUUUGAGGAGCCGAGGGUCUUAGUUUGCACAACGUUCGUUGGCGAAGCCAGUCCGGAUAUGUCUUCUUUCAAUCAUUGGAUCCAUAACGCUCCAGCUAUCGCGUCAAAGAUCGCCGUCGAAGGCAUGUUUCUUGGUCCGCCCACCAUGCUUCUCAUAUCAAUGCCUGUACCCGUAUGGAAUGUCGUGCAGCACGAUAAGGUCUGUUGCUUUUUAGGAUAUGUGAAUUCUCACAAUAUGACCCACCUAUACAAUCGUUUAGUUGGAUCGGUCUCUGUCAAUAGGGCGUCGGCGAAGGAUGUGGAAGAUGGUCGGAUGCUCCUCGAGGCUCGGGAGAUCGCGAGUACGCCGAUUGCUCGCCGACAUGACCUUCCUACUCAUGCGCAAAUACGACCAGAGACACCGAUUCGUCCAGAGAGCAUCGGAAGGGUUGAUUCAAUAAAUUUACCCCAGCCCUCUGCUACUCCUAGUAUGGCAUAUACUAAUACAACGCCGGGUACCGUCAUAUCCAGUAAAAAUGAUGUCGAAGAUUCUGCUGAGAUGCAGGAAGCCGCUGAACAACUCAAGGCCCUCAGCCAUGUUCGGCACGUAAGUAAUGAAAACGUCUCUGUCGCGCACGCGCAGCCAAUUUUGGCGGAUAAUGCUACAUCUACUCGACAUGACGAGGCUUCGUCCCACGAAACGAAUGAAUCUGGGGUAGAUGAAACUCCUUAUAACCCCGAAUUUACGCCACCAUCAUCACGACCUAAACAGCCACGCCGAUCACUCCAAAAACAAGCACCCAAACAGGAAACCCGCUGUAAUCACUGCAGCCAUGCUCCGUUCAAGGAUUAUUCAUCGUUACGUAAACAUAUUGCUGCCGCUCAUACCCGACCAUUUCCGUGCGCCUUCGCAUUCGCUGGUUGCACAAGCACCUUCGGAUCGAAAAAUGAGUGGAAGAGACAUAUCGCAUCACAACACCUGUGUCUCCAAUACUACCGGUGUUCAUCAUGUCCGCAGAGUACGGUUGAAGGAAAAGGGAACGAAUUUAACCGUAAAGAUCUCUUUACACAGCACCUUCGCCGCAUGCAUGCACCCUUUGCAAUUAAGAAGGCGCUUGCCAAGGGUGAUAGCAAAUUACAGGUGGACUGGGAGACCCACGUGAAGGAGAUGCAACAGUCGUGUCUUGUGACGCGUAGGCAGCCUCCGCAGAGGUCCUCUUGCCCUAAAUCAGACUGUGCCAGUCUUUUCGAAGGGCCUACCUCAUGGGACGAGUGGACUGAGCAUGUCGGUAGGCAUAUGGAAAAGGGCGAGGCAGCAAGGCUUGGUGUCGAUCGUCUACUAGCAAAAUGGGCUUUAGAUGAAGGUAUCAUCGAGCGCAGGGACGACGGUGAAUAUCGACUCUGUACAGGGACCAAUAAUCCCCCAGAACGGGACUCUGGUGGAAAUAAUGUGGAAUACCAAUCGGAUGGAAACAAACGUGAUCGAGAGCGUGAUAGGGACCGAGACCAUGACCGCGACCCAGAAAGAGAUCGAAACAGGGAUCAAGAUCAAGAAGAUCGGACGAUAGUAGCAGCAAGUACGAUGGUGGAUAAAAUGGAUAUUGACGAAUGACGCCAAGCUUAUUUCCGCGAAACACGAUAUAUAUAUAAGGCGAAACAUUUGGACGAAGGAAAAGUCUCGAGUUAAAACGGUAUCGGACGGAUAGGGGUGAUGUGCCUUCGCGAAAGGCAUAGAAAAGGCCAGCUCUUAACGAAUUUCCUUUCUGUUCACCGAACGGUUGUAUUCGAACUAGAUACGCGGCACGACCUCACCUGACGCUUCAUGUUGUUGUUGUUGUUGUUCUUCAUUCUCUUCUUAUCUUGAUAUUACCUCGCCA